AACAGUGUGGCAGCCCUCUAAUAUCAUUUGUUUAUGCGGCUUUUUAUUUUCGCUUAAUUGUGUUAACAAUCAAAACCAAACAAUAUUAAUCGUAGAAUUAUUAGAAAAAAUAUUAUUAUGUCUGAUAAUAUGGAUAUAGUCGAAGAAGAUGUGAAAAUAAACGAAAGUUUAUUGGAAGAUAGAGUUGAAGAAAAAAUAGUCUGUGGUCAAUCAGUCGAAAAGGACGAAUCCCAUGUGAUUGAUUCCAAACAAAUCAAUGAAAAUGAUAACCAAAAUAUUGAAAAUAUCAAUGAUUCGAUUGAAGAAAUACGUGAAAAAACGGUAGAAAUCGUACCAAAUAUGAAAAAUACAAGUGAAAUAGAAUUAAAAGAAAGCAUAAGCCCUGCAUUGGUUUGUGACGUUGAAGGGGUUGACAUAACGGAAGAAGUAGAUAUUGGAUCUGGAAAACAAGAACAGUGUAAUACGAAAUCCAAUAAAUUAACAGAUCAAAUACCUGAAAGUACAUCAAAAACAGAGGCAGAGAUAGAGACUAACGCGGAAAAAAAAGUGGAUACCGAAAUAAAAGUAUUGGAAUUAAAUAUAUCAAACAACGAUACUACAGGCGAGUUAAUGGAAGUCGAUACUCAAAGUUUGGAUUAUCUUGGUGGAAACGAUGAUAGUCAAGAAUCGUUACCACUAGUAAUUGAUGAAAAACCUGCUUCACCUAAAGAAGGGAAUGAAAAUGACGAACCUUCAACCUCUCUACCUAAGAAUAGCCUAACAACUAAUAGCAUUAAUGAAGAAGGGCUUAUAGAAAACAACAGCUGCGGUGUGAACACACAAAUUGAUCACAAUAAAAAGGAUACAGAUAAACCAGAAGAUGGAUCGCGACCUGAAAAUAUAAUUGAAAUAGAUGAUGAAAAUGAAGAGACUAAACCGGAGGAAGAUCCUGAUGUGGAAAUUACUGCUACAAGAAGUCCAUCUUACAUUCCAAUCAUUGAAAUUGACGAUGAUGACGAUGAGGAUGAACUAAAUAAGGAUAAUAAGAUUGCACAAAUUAGUGAGAAAAAAGACGAAAGCGUCGUUUCGGCAGCUGACACCCAAAUUGCUGCGAUAUUUAAUGAUAAUAGGAAAAACACAAUUAAUGACGAUAAUAAGGAAGAAAGAGUAAUUGAAGACGUCGCCAUGAAGGAUCCAUCUGAUAAAGAUGAAGUAACAGAGCAGCCAGACUUAUUGAAGUUAACUGCAUUACAACCAGAACCACAGGAUGAAAUCAAUUCUGAACAAACUAAUUGCGAAGACACAGUUGAUGAAGUAUUUUACAAGCAAGAGUGUGUUAAUCAUGAUUGCCCUCACAAUCAUAAGCAAUUUUUCUUAGCACCCCCCUUUACUUUAAGCCACUUUAAAGUAAAGAAAAGACGCACACAAAAACAAUUUAUUUGCUCGGAAUGUUUCGACUGCGCACUUGACGCAUACGAGGAAUAUUGCGGUUUAUUAAAAGCAAAGCAACCUCUACUUUUGAAAAAUAUAACGGUACAAGGACCAGAGUUCGUGGAAAUUACCGAUAGCAGUGAUGAUGAUGAAGAAACGUCCAAAACGCAACAAAUUCAAACAGGCAAAGGUUCCUUCUCCAAAGUCAGUUUGGACCUCGUAGAAGCCGAACUUGAAAACUCCAUCAAAAAUGUGCUUGAAAAGCUCGAUAUUCAAAGCCAGCUGACAUGGUCAAAGACAAUUUUAGAGACACGUGCUCGUCGGCUUGAAGUGGAAUCGGACUUAAAUGAUAAAUUAUUGCGCACGUUACAGAAGAAGGCUGAUCAAAUGUACAGCUCACUUUAUCAAUGCCCAAAAAUUAGACUGCGCCAGUUUCAACCUUUGGAUUUGAAUACGAAUUUGCCAUAUAACUUUCCUGAAGUAACACCCUGUCCACCGGUAGGUGAAAUAAUGCGCCCACCCAUAGAAAUUAAUCAAGUUUAUUACGCGGUUAAGAAUAAAGCAAUAGCCAGUUGGGUUCCUUGCAGAGUUGUUGAGCAAAUGGAUACGAGCUCAAUUUUAGGCGCGCAUAACAGAGUGCCCAUUUAUAAAGUGAAAUUUUUAAAGCUACAAUACCAGAUGGUUAAAACUGUGUCGGCAAAACAUUUAGCUUACUUUGACCCACCGAAAUUUCGACUCCCAAUUGGUUCUCGUGUAAUCGCUUACUUCGAUGCCACCUCCUUAUCACGUGGAAAAGAAAAGAUGAUGAUACAGAGUGCUUUUUAUCCAGGAAUCAUUGCUGAACCUUUAAAACCUAAUAACAAAUACCGUUAUUUAAUAUUCUACGACGAUGGCUAUACACAGUACGUUUCGCACAAAGAUGUUCGUUUGGUGUGCAAUGUUUCCGAACAUGUGUGGGAGGACGUUCAUCCAGCAUCGCGCGAAUUCAUACAAAAAUAUUUAACGCAGUAUUCGAUCAAUCGGCCGAUGGUUCAAACACAAAAAGGACAAAGCAUGACCACUGAGUCGAACGGCAAAUGGAUAUAUGCUCGAGUUGUUGAUAUUGAUUGUAGUUUAAUACAAAUGCAAUUUGAAGGUCCCAAAAGUCAUACUGAAUGGAUUUACAGAGGUUCACUGCGUUUAGGGCCAGUAUUUAAAGAAUAUCAGAAAACUCUGCAAAAAGAUACCUUGCCUAUACCUCGACUGGCUAGACGUACUGAACCAUUUAUACGUUACACCGCUGACGAGGAGGCAACUACGGCACAACAGGAGCAAGUAAAGGAGCGCGAAAGAGAGCAACGAGUGACUUCUAAUGAACCCCGGGCAGUUGCUAAAAAGAGCGUUAGUCGUUUAUCGACAGAUUCAACUGCAACAUUAAGUACUGUACCCUCGCCAACGACAUCUUUGCCAACGGUUCGACACUUGAACAACUCCACUAUUUAUCUUGAAGAUGAAAACAAACCAAAAGGAAAAGUUGUUUAUUAUACUGCGAAACGCGAUUUACCACCGUUAAUAUACCGCCCUCACAAAUGCUCACCAACAUGUCUUUUUAAAAUACCACAUAAUCUUAGCGCCUACAGUCCCUUAUCAAAACCUUUACUAUCUGGUUGGGAGCGCCCUAUAUUACGUCUUAAGAGUAAAAAAAUUGUCGCUUAUCGAGGUCCAUGUGGUAAAAUUAUGCGCAACAUGGAGGAGGUACGACGUUACUUACGUGCAACAGAAAAUGCACUCAAUGUCGAUAACUUCGACUUCCAUCAUGAAACCAGCUGCUUGGCAGAAUAUGUAAUUGAGUCAGCUAUAGUGCAAAAGCGUGAUAUAUCCGGUGGUCAGGAGAAAAUGGCAAUACCGUUGGUUAAUUAUUAUGAUAACACAUUACCGCCUGAGUGUAAAUAUGCUGCCCAACGCAUUCCUACCGAUGGUGUAAAUCUAAAUUUGGAUUCAGAAUUCCUAGUUGGAUGUGACUGUGAAGGCGACUGUUCGGAUAAAGCAAAAUGUUCCUGUUGGCAACUCACCUACGCAGGUGCUAAAUACGGCAAUCCAAAUACACCAAUGGAAGAGAUUGGCUAUCAGUAUAAGCGUUUAUAUGAACAUGUUCCAACGGGAAUUUAUGAAUGUAACUCCAGAUGCAAGUGCAAGUCGAAUUGUUUGAAUCGCGUAGCACAGCAGCCUCUUGCAAUGAAACUACAAGUAUUUAAAACGUCAAAUCGCGGAUGGGGCUUACGUUGUAUAAACGAUGUGCCGAGAGGCAGCUUUGUAUGCAUUUAUGCUGGUCACUUGUUAACUGAAGCUAAAGCUAAUGAAGGUGGUCUAGAUGCUGGUGACGAGUACUUUGCAGAAUUGGAUUAUAUAGAAGUAGCAGAACAAAUAAAGGAGGGAUACGAAUCAGAUGUUGAACCGCCAGAGGUUGAAGAAGAGGAGGAUGCUUAUGCGCCAGAUCCCGAAGAUGAUGAUGAGUUCACUCCGAGUAAGUCAUUUUUGACUCGUGCUAAAAAUAAAGCACAAAAACUUACACGCAGUAGUUCGGCCCAAAACACAGACGAAGACUCGCAGGAACGUCAAGUAAUUAAUUUUAAUCCAAAUGCUGAUAUGAAUGAGGAUUCUGCACGAGAAUCUUCUAUACGUGCUUUGUUCGGCAAGGAUGAAGCUUGUUAUGUAAUGGACGCAAAAAUUACAGGAAAUCUUGGACGUUAUUUUAAUCACUCUUGCUCUCCGAACCUCUUCGUACAAAACGUAUUCGUCGAUACACAUGACUUGCGUUUUCCGUGGGUAGCUUUCUUCUCCUCCACCAAUAUUCGGGCAGGCACUGAACUAACUUGGAAUUAUAAUUAUGAAGUCGGCGUUGUACCCGGCAAAGUACUUUAUUGUCAAUGCGGUGCGCCAAAUUGCCGUCUACGACUUCUCUAAACCACAACAAUCACAAUCAUAAAAAGCAAAUUUCUUUUCGUGGAAAAAUAAAAAAGUUUAAUAAACG